AUGAACUCAUCCUCUACUCAAGCUGACACUGUUUCAACUGCCUUCACUAAAAACUUCAUCGUGGUGUUUCUGUGGUUUUCCAUCAAUUACGUCAACGGGACUCUGGUUGUGACGUUCUUUAGACACCAAGUUUUUUAUGAGAAUCCGCGCUACAUACUGUUCGUGCACAUGGUGUUCAAUGACAUGCUUCAGCUGACUGUUGCAGUGACCCUGCAUGUUGUCAGUUAUACAUUUUAUUCAAUAAACGUCUCAGUCUGUUGUCUUUUCUUGUUAAUGGCUCAGGUUAGCACUAUGAACGCUCCUCUGAGUCUCGCAGCGAUGGCUGUUGAGCGUUACGUAGCCAUCUGCAACCCCUUGCGACACUCUCAGAUCUGCACGGUGCGCAGGACUCGCAUUCUCAUUGCUGUGAUCUGGGCUGCAGGUCUCGCUCCUUCUGCAUCGGAUUUGUUUAUUCUUCUAGCAACGCAACCAAUUGAGUUUUUUCACUCUUCUCUUCUGUGUUACAAUUUCAAUAUUUUCAGGUCACCGUAUCUAGUUUAUAAAAACCAAGCUUCCAAUGCAGUAUAUUUAUCUUGUGUUGGGCUUACUGUCAUGUACACGUACAUCAGAGUCUUGUUUGCAGCGAAGGCAGCCACCACUGACAGAUCUUCUGCUGCAAAGGCUCGCAACACCAUCCUGCUGCACGGAGCCCAGUUCUUAAUGUGCAUGCUUUCAUAUGUCAUGCCAUUGGUAGACUUUGUUUUGCUCGGUUUAUUCCCUGCACAGCGCACGGCUAUUCUGUUUGUUAAUUAUUUGAUAGCCUAUGUUUUACCAAGAUUCCUGAGUCCUAUAAUCUACGGUGUCAGAGAUGAGAAGUUCAGAAAGCACUUGAAGGGGUAUCUGUUCUGUAAAUACACAUUGAUAAAGGUAGGAUCACGUACUGUGCAUUCUCUGCAGGUCAGAUAA